AUGUAUCAAUCAAUUUAUAGUGAUAAUAUUAUUAAUUUCGAAUCAUCACUUAUUAAUAUAAAAAAUAAAUUAAAUAUAUUAAAUCCAAAUAAUAAUAAUGCAAAUUUCGGUAGAAAUGUGAAUCAUCAUUUAUUUCCAGAAAAUUCAAGUUUUUUUGAAAAAUUAAUAUUUUUACAAAGACUUUUAGAAUACUUAAAAAUAACUUUCAGUUUAAUAAAUAAUAAUAAUAAUAAUAAUAAUAAUAAUAAUAAUAAUAAUAAUAAUAAUAAUAAUAAUAAUAAUAAUAAUAAUAAUAAUAAUAAUAAUAAUAAUAAUAAUAAUAAUAAUAAUAAUAAUAAUUCACAAUCAAUUACAAGAAAUAAUAUUGAAGUAGUUGGAUUAUUUAAACAUUACUUAUUACAAUUUAAAGAAUAUGAUAAUAAAGCAAUAAACUCAACAAUUGAUGGUAAUAUGAUGGAAUCAUUUAAUGAAAAAUUAAAACAAACUUUAAAUAUAUUUUUACCACCAACAAACCAAAUUAAUUAUCCAAUUAUAUUGGAUCCCAAUACAACAUUUAAUGAAAUUUUAAACUCAAUUUCACAACAAAAUAUACAACAAUCUCACUCUCAGCAAUCUCAGUAUCAACAACAACAACAACAACAACAUCAAAUACCAUAUCAUCAAUUAAAUAAUUAUUUGAAUUCUCAACCAAAUGAACAAUAUUCUGCAAUUGCAUUUGAUCAAUCAUUAAGAGUUUUCUAUAAUAAUAUAUAUUUUUCAUAUAUCAAAGGCAUUAAAUCAAAUCCAAUAACAAUUAGUUUUAACAUUUUUAAAUUAAAUUUUUUGGAUUCUUCCCUUAAAAAUUCAAUUUAUUGGUUAUAUAGUCAAUUACCAAUCAAUCUAAAUAUAUAUAAUAAUAAUAAUAAUAAUAAUAAUAUAAAUUAUAAUAAUAAUAAUAAUAUUGAAAAUAAUAAUAACAAUAAUAAAAAUAAUAAUAAUAAUAAUAAUAGUAAUAAUAAUAAUAAUAAUAAUAAUGAUAAUAAUAAAAAUAAUAAUAAAAGUUAUAAUGGUACAAAUUCAAGACAUAGAGAAUUAAAAUUUGUUCCAUCUUUUUCUAAUCCUUCAAUUGUUCCAAUUCAAGUAUUUCCAAAUCAAAGCUCACAAUCACACACAAGAUCAUUUAAUCAGAAAUUGCAACCAACUCAACAACCACCAAUACCAACAUCAUCUCAAGCAGAUAUUCUUAAAAAUUACAAUAAUAGUAAUUUUAAAAUUAACCAAGAGGUUGAAUUCAAAGAAGUAUCAAAGAAUUCAACUAAUAAACUAUUUCAGUCAAGCAAUAUUAUUAAAAAUGAAAAAGAGGAAGAACAAAAGAUUGAAAUUAUUGAGGAGAAUCAAUAUAAUAAAGAGAAAGAAGAAGAUGAAGAUGAUGAUGACGAUGAUAAUGAUGAAGAAUUUAAAGAAGUUUAUGAAUGCAAUACAUGCUUUGAAAUAUUUUUAACAAAGUUAUCAAUUGUAAAUCAUUUAAAUCAAAAUCAUAAAUCAAACAAUGGCUACACAAUAAAGAACUUAGAUUAA